AUGUAUUGGCUUAAUGUAUGGGGGUUCAGAGGCGUGGUUGAAUGUGGAAGGCCGAUGAGGAUGGACUAUGGUUCUCUUGCAGCUGUGGGCGUAGGAAAGAAUGCCUACAUUGAGGCCAGCCUUCUUGAUAUUGCCUAUGCACACGCCGUAUACCCCGUGCGGAGCCAAGUAAUGGGCUCGGAGAGUGCAACCAUUAAAGACAUUGAUCAAACCACUGACGAGGGUGACCGAGAGGAGAUAGCUGCGCAAGAGAACGGAAGUGACAGAUGCGACGACGAAGAUCCCGUGCACGCAGAUGACGAGCUGAGCGACGAGCUGCCAAGACCGCACUCAAAAGAAUCUACGGGCCUUUGUUACUAUUGCCCGGAGAAGUACACCGGCGAACAUGUCUGCAACCGGAAGUUCUAUGCUCUCAUCGGUGUCGACGAUGACGAGGAGGUCCCUGACUUCUUCGAGUAUGAGCUGAAAGAGGCAGAAUAUGAGAGCAUGGUUAUCACAGGGGAUGUUUCAAGAAUACACGUCAUCAGCCCCAGCAUCCGCCCUCGUGCGAUCCGUCUCAAAGGGCAGAUCAAUGGAUACGUAGUGUCUGUACUGAUUGACGGUGGCAGUACACAUAAUUUCAUUAAGCCCGUCGUCGCGGAAAAGCUAAGUCUUCCCGUUCAUGAAAUCUCCCCAUUUCGUGUUUUUGUUGGCAACGGUGGAUCGUUGCGCUGCUCUUUUGCAUGUUUACAAACUCCAAUCUCCUUGCAGGGGACCUCUUUUGACAUCGAUUUAUUCAUCCUACAAGUCAAAGGGCCGGAUGUCAUCUUGGGCAUCCAAUGGCUUCAGGAAUUGGGCGAUGUCACAAAGAACUAUCGGAACCUGACUAUGCGGUUCGAUUGGGGAGACAAGCAGGUAUUUUUACAGGGUGAUGGCGUCGUUCCGAGGCAGAUAUCAUACAACAAUUUGUUCUCUCUCAUGGACCACGAACCGGAAUGUGAAUUGUUUGAAUUGGUCGCCUCUACACCGGAUAGUGCGACGGCCGACUUGACUUCGCCACAGUCGCCGGUGGCACAAGAGGUAUCAUGGGUCCUUGAUAGCUUUGGCUCGGUUUUUGAUGUGCCGACGUCCCUCCCACCGUCACGCCAAUGGGACCACAAGAUUCACCUGCCUGCCGGUACACGCCCUAUUAAUGUUAAGCCUUAUCGGUAUCCCUACUUUCAGAAAACUGAAAUUGAGCAUCAAGUGAAAGAGAUGAUGACGCAAGGGGUGAUUCAACCAAGCACCAGCCCAUUCUCGUCGCCGGUCUUAUUGGUGAGCAAAAAGGAUUGCACGUUCCGUUUUUGCGUGGAUUACAGGGCUCUGAACGCUGCCACUACCCCUGACCACUUCCUUAUCCCUACGGUAGAUGAGCUUUUUGAUGAACUAAAUAAGGCUAGGGUUUUCUCCAAGUUGGACCUAAGGUCGGGUUACCAUCAGAUAAGUAUGCACAUGGGUGACAUCCACAAAACAGCCUUCCGAGCAGAUGACGGUCAUUACGAAUUCUUAGUGAUGCCCUUUGGCCUUACCAAUGCGUCCUCUACCUUUCAGGCGGCAAUGAAUAGUAUCUUUCGGCCGUUUCUGCCCAAAUUCGUCAUUGUUUUCUUUGACGAUAUCUUGGUAUAUAGCAGCUCCAUGGACGACCAUUUAACUCAUCUAGAGCAGGUUCUCCAUAUUCUACGUCUCAAUUGCUCCUACAUAAAACUCUCCAAAUGCUCCUUUGACGUCAACACUGUUGAUUACCUAGGCCAUAUUAUUACAGCGGGAGAACUUCGGGUUGAUCCGGCAAAGAUCGAGGCCAUGACGGCCUGGCCUACGCCAGCCAUAGUUAAGCAGUUACAUGGUUUUCUUAGCUUGACAGGAUAUUACAGGCGUUUCGUUCGAAACUAUUCCAUUAUUGCAGCUCCACUCACUGAUCUGCUCAAGAAGGAGGGUUUUCUAUGGGAUUCCGCAGCACAAGAAAGCUUCACCGCAUUAAAGAAAGCUAUGACAGAAGCCCCGGUUUUGCAUCUGCCGGAUUUUGACCUCCCUUUCACUAUUGAGACCGAUGCUUCUGAUUUCGGGCCUAAAGGAUUUACUGUCACAAAUUGUGCAAACCCCGGACCAACAAUUCUAUAUCCUAAGCUUAUGGGUUUCAAAUUCACUAUCGAGUACAAGUCCGGCGCAUCCAACCGCGUGGCUGACGCGCUCUCACGGCGGGAUCCGGAUUCGACUGUCGGCGAGGCAGCGCUGUUGGCGUUAUUUGCUCGACCGAGACCGAUGCUCUUGGAGGCAAUCAAGUCAGAAAAUGCUGCCCUUCCAGACCUGCUGCAGCUGCACCAAGCGGUCCUCGCUGGGACCGCACCGCCGCACGUCUCGGACGUCGACGGAGUUUUGUAUUUCAAACACCGUUUAUACCUUAGCCGGGAUUCUUUGCUACGACCUGACAUCUUGCGGGAGUUGCACGAUGCGAAGUCAGCCGGCCACCCAGGUGAGAAGCGAACGUUUGCCCGCGUCUCCUCUUCCUUUUUCUGGCCGGGAAUGAGGGCCGACGUGCGCAGAUACGUCGCAGCGUAUCCAGUAUGUCAGGCGACCAAGUAUGUCACCGCCAAACCUUCCGGACUACUUCAACCAUUGCCAAUCCCGAACUCGGUAUGGGCUGCGACCUCUAUGGACAUUAUAGUGGGUCUCUCGCCGUCGUAUGGCUAUACUGCGAUCAUGGUUGUGGUAGAUCGCCUCUCCAAAUAUGCUCAUUUCGGAGCUCUGCCCACUGGAUUCGAAGCGCCGAAAGUCACAAAAUUGUUUGUCAGCACGGUUGUGAAGCUCCACGGUUUUCCAGAAAGAUUGUUAUCCGAUCGUGACGCUAUUUUUAUGAGUGAAUUCUGGACAGAAUUGAUGGCUCUCAGUGGAAUUAAGCUGGAAUUUACUACGACAUAUCACCCUCAAACAGAUGGCCAGACCGAGGUUACCAAUAGAUCUCUUGAACAAUAUCUUCGCGCUUUUACGUUUGAGCAACCAAAGAAGUGGUUCGAGUUCUUGCCUUGGGCGGAGCUCGCAAUGAAUUGCAGUAUCAAUGUUAGCAUCGGAAUGUCCCCCAUCAGGGCUCUCUAUGGUCGGGAUCCGCCCAAUAUCUUUAACACGCCGGCGAAGCCAGUGGCAAAUGAAGCUGUCGCGGCACACUUAGGGGAAUGA